ACCUAUCGAUCGCACAGAUAGAAUCUAUCAAACUCAAAGAAGUAUUCCCGAAAUGAAGACUCUGAUUGUUCUUGCUCUACUGGUGGCCGCCGUUUCGGCCCUACCGCAAUUCGGAUUUGGACGACCAGGAUUUGGCGGCCCAGGAUAUGGUGGCCCAGGGUUUGGCGGCCCAGGAUUUGGGGGAGGAUUCGGCGGAGGACCCUUUGGCGGCGGCGGCUUUGGAGGUAAUCCUUAUGGCGGCGGUUACGGAGGUGGCCCAUACGGCGGCGGAUUCGGCGGCGGUCCCUAUGGCGGUGGAUUCGGUAAUCACUACGGCGGCUUUGGGGGUGGAAGACGUCAUGGCGGCGGACGCGGUGGUGGCGGUGGUGCUGCCUCUGCCGCGGCCUCUUCGUCAGCCUCCGCAGCUGGUGGUGGUGGUGGAGCCGCCUCCUCUUCCGCCUCUUCAUCCGCCUCUGCUGGCGGCGGUGGUUUCUACGGAUUUCCCGCUAACUACUCGGUCCAUGACAUCACUGGUCCCAAUCCCAUCGUUAUGCUGCCCCUCCAAUGGACGGAUCGAGAAGGGGGCGCGUCUCAAGUGCUCCCGAGAUUGGGAUUAACCGGUUGCAGCGGGGGAUCGAGCAGCCCGGGUCUGUUGAGCGUAGGGUCCGACGGUCGGUGGAUCACCGAACAAUCAACGAAUCUCUUUGCCGACGAGCAACGGAAUAAAAGCCGGGGCCGGCGGCGCAUUGGCCAAGUGUUUGGAUCACCCUCGAGGAGGCAACAACUCAACAUGAAAUUAUUCAUCGCGCUCUCUGUUCUGGUGGCUGUGGCAUCGGCCCUGCCUCAAUUUGGAAUUGGUAACGCCAACGCCAACGCAAAUGCCAAUGCGAUUGCCAAUGCGAAUGCCCAAGGCUUUGGAGGUGGUCCUGGAUUUGGCGGUGGCGGAUUCGGUGGUGGCCCAGGAUUCGGUGGACGUCCAGGUGGAUUCGGUGGACGUCCUGGUGGUCCAGGAUUCGGUGGUCCAGGAUUCGGUGGUCCCGGAUUUGGUGGUCCCGGAUUUGGUGGUCCCGGAAUCGGCGGUGGACGUCCAGGUGGAAUCGGUGAAUUCGGUAGACGUCCAGGUGGCGGAUUUGUAGGAGGAGGCGGCGGCGGCUCAUCUUCAGCCUCAGCCUCUUCCUCAGCUUCGGCGGGCGGUGGUGGCGGACGUGGUGGCGGUGGAUCCGCUUCUGCAUCGUCAUCCGCCUCGGCUUCUGGAGGCGGAGGAAGGUUCGGUCGUUAGAACUAAACUAUAGUUGCAAUUAAGCAAUUAAGAGAAAUGACUGUGAAUAAGAUAUUAAUAAAUUAAAAUUAAACAAGUA